AAGUAGGUUAUAUACACAACAUAUGGCAGUUGCAAACGGAUUUUGCGAGCACGCAGCCCAGUCGCCGCUGUAUGAGGAGGGAACAGUCUUGGCAAAGGAUCUUAUAAGUUACAAACUCGGUCGACCAGGGCCACCAGUUAAUUCCACCGCUAAAACACUUCGGAAACUUUCGGACGAUAUAGAACGGCGGAAUCCUGACUUGCUGGAGCAAUUAUGUUCGAAAUUAAACUUCUCCAAAGAAACAGGAUAUAGUUCUUUUUGCGAGAUUGCGAAGGAGGUGUUCGCAGACGGUGUAAUAAAUUGGGGACGUAUAGUGGUGCUGUUCGCAUUUAGCGCCAGACUUGGGAAAUAUUGUAACGAGAACAACAUGGGUGAUCAGAUAGAAGAUUUGACCGAAUGGACGGCGAGGUUUGUCAUCGGCUUAGGCUGGAUUGAACAGCAAGGCGGAUGGAACGGACUGAAUGCACGUUUUAAAGACAUUGACGAAAGCAACAGCAGCUGGUGGAAGAGUGCUCUUAUAACAACAGCCUUUGGCAUAGGCAGUCUUGCUGUUUUAACCGUUUGCAAAUGAAUAUAUCUACAUAUAAUAUUUAAAAAAAGCAUUACAGAAUUUGACGUCAAAUAUCGACAUGGUUUCUUGGUUAGCACUUGCUUUGUAUGACUCCACUAGCCUCAAUAUAAAACUGGAGUAAUAUACUUUACUUCACAAGAAAAUGGUAAAGAUAAUGAAAUGGAGUCUAGGAUUAUAGAAAUAUGAACUUAAUGUGAACAUGAAAAAUUCUCUUUUAAAAGUAAUUUUUCUUCAAAGGUUCACAUAUGUUCACAGUUGUGGCAGAAUGCCAUCAAUGUUUGAACAUUCUGCGUACAUAUUUCCAAUGGAAAAAGCAGUAUCUGGAUUGACGAGUGUGAACAAAGAUUUGGCAUAAUUUAUUUGCAAGAAACGCUAUAGUUUAAUGUUAUAUGCGCUUAUAUUGAAAGUUUCCACAAAUGAAUAAAGUUUCUGCAGGUAAA